AUGGAUAGCAUCAUCUUCGAGGACCCUUCCAAACCUCGGCUACGCCAAAAGCCACAGGUAAGUGCAGCGCCGGUCAGCUCCAGCACUUCCUUGGGUCGAGCACGCACUUCAGAAGUUGAACCGCGGGUCGUGACACCCGUUCCUGGAAUUCAUCAGCUGCGGGAGCACUCUCACACCAGCAAUUUAGGCUGUUCUGAGCCGUCAACCCUACGAGAUCAGACUUCGGAGAAUCCGCUCGAGGAGCUCUGCCGCAGCCCUCUGCACAACGACAGUCCGGGUGACGGAUGGACCUUGGAAGGGACUUCAUUCCAUGACGAUUUCUCCCUCGUGCAGAUAGAUGAUGAUGGCCUGGCCGAGCGUCUCGACGACGACGACGAUUUAGACAGUCUCUUUUCUGGUGUUUUGCCAGAUUUGGAGUGCUUCACAACGACCGAGUCCGAUCAACAUUCGGACGCUCCAGCUCAGACUUGCGCUUCACGGGUCGCUGGGACUAGCGACAUUGUAAAUUCCUCACCAAGCGACGAUUUGGUCUGCUUCGAUACUCCUGGCCUGCGGGCGAACUCUGACGCGAUUGACCUCGCGGCAGAAUCAAACUGCCCUGAACCGAAGCUGACAGCGGCACCGUCUCCGCAGCGAUGCUCUCCACCAUCCUCGCGCCACAAACCCGGGAUUGAGGUGGUGAUCUCAACCCGUCGUCCCUCACCGAUCACGCAACGGAAUCUCUCCAGUACUCAGGCUGCAGACGAUUUGGUGGAACCGAACGCGGCCAGGCGACGGACAGCAUCUCCCCACCUUGGCGGGCACGUUAAACACAUCUCCGGCCACAAACGACGAUACAUGAGUGAAUCUGAUGUCGACUCCCUAAAUUCCCGUCGAGUGCGUGUGGAAGCUGACCCCAAAAACGCACCGAUCCUUGUCCCUCACAUGCUUAACGAUACCGCGAAUUCCCGAGGAAUAGAAACUCAUCUUCACGAGCCAGGCCGCAAGGUCAGAGCUGGAAUCCACAAUCCCGUCUACGGGUCGGACAGCGAGCAGACCCUCAUUGACCAUGGCGCGAGCAUAAACUGUGACGAUCCAACUGGACGUACUCUUCUCCUUCGCGAGCUCUGUCCUACUCCUACAUCGCCACCAGAUACCGACGAGCCCUUCAACGAGCACGGGCAAGAGCAGCAUCAGGAUAGGUUGAAAGGCUUGAGCAUCCAGCCUGUGACAUUGGGUGACGCCGGCUUUGUUACCGCCAUUAUCGACAGUCCGGCGGACCUUCAGGACAUCUUUCACUCACCUACGGAUUGGGCCCUUGGACGUGGUGUCCAGUCGAACAACCUGGCCAAUAUCGUUCUCAAGCCACUAGCUGAGCGUUGCUGGCUCCUCACAGCCACCAUAUCGCGACGUGUUACCAAAAUGGAUAAUCAGAGACGAGACCGAGCUAGAAGGAGAAGAAGAGAUUCACCCGACCUAGACACGAGUAGCGACUUCUGUCCCAGCGAAAGCGAAACAAUUUCCCCGCCGACGAAGCGAGGCCAUUGGACGUUAGAUGAGGAUAACAAUUUGACGGAAUGGAGGCGCCGGGGCAAGUCAUGGUCGUGGAUCUUUGAUCAAUUUCCCGAACGAUCGGAAGCUGCGGUGCGAUCGCGUUGGUUCGUGGUUCUAGCACCCCGAGCCAAACCCACCUAUAAGUCAACAUCUAAGCUUCGUAGACAGAGGGACGGUCUUCCAGAAGAGGCUGUAGAUUACCAGACUUAA